CUCAACCCCAGCGAGCAGAGCAGCGACCGAGGCGGCGGCGGCGGGGGUGGCAGCGGGUUCGGAGGGGCCGCGUGGGAGGUGCGUCGGCGGCACUUCUCCAGGAAGCGGUCGGUGGACGUGCGGCGGAUCAACCCCAAGGUGCCCAAGGAGGAGGCCGUCGCCAUCUCCGGCCGCCUCCUCCAGAUCCUCUCCGACCACGGCCCCCUCACCGUCGGCAACACCUGGAACCACGCCAAGGAUGCUGGUAUUAGCGGCCUGAACAGCAAGACUCACAUGAAGGUCUUGCUGAAAUGGAUGACGGGAAGAAGGGUUGUCAAGUUGACGUGUGUGCACGUCGGCAACGCAAAGAAGUUCCUGUACUCCCCCUACACUGAAAGCUCGGAAGGCAGCGGUUCAUCCGCGCUGGCAGAGGAUAAUACGGCCUCUGCCCAAGGAGGGAAAGGGCAGCGGAAGAAGCAGGCUGCGGCUUUGCAGUAGUGAUGGUCGAUGAGGAGAAGCGGGCUGGAAACGGUUGAUUUUUGGGGGAUUUUGCAACUUUGUUUUCUACCAUGAUGAUGGUGUCAUCCAGUCUGGGGGCUGGUGUGAAUUGUCAA